UCCGAACUUCCGCUCUCCUAUUUCCGGUGAGAAGCGAAGACCUCAGUUUUGGUGGUGGCCGCGUUCAAGCUCUGACCUGGUGUGACCUCUUUUACCAGAGUCCGCUUGGCUGACGAGUGAACAUGCCUAAUAUCAAAAAGUCAGCAGGAAAAAAAGGUCCAAGAAAACGGAAACUUGCAGAAGAAUUUCCUCCUGGAGAAGUUUUUACUGACCUUUUAAAGAAAAAAUGGAAGCUUGGUCCAGUUAUAGGCAAAGGUGGUUUUGGCUGUCUGUAUCUUGCUGAUGUUAAUUCAUCUGAAUCAGUUACCAGUGAUGCACCCUAUGUUAUAAAAGUGGAACCCAGUGACAAUGGACCACUCUUUACUGAGUUAAGUUUCUACAUGCGAGCUGCUAAACCAGAACUAAUUAAGAAAUGGAUUUCUUCUCACAAACUGAAAUAUUUAGGCGUACCAAAGUAUUGGGGUUCUGGCUUGCAUCAAAAGAAUGGCAAAAGUUAUAGAUUUAUGGUGAUGGACAGACUUGGGAAAGAUCUUCAGAAGAUAUUUGAGGAACAAGGAAAGCAGUUUUCACACAAAACAGUGUUACAGUUGGGAUUGAGAAUACUUGAUGUUUUGGAAUAUGUUCAUGAACAUGAAUAUGUGCAUGGAGACAUCAAGGCCUCAAAUCUUCUCCUGGGCUACAAGGUUCCAAAUCAGGUAUACUUGGUAGAUUAUGGUCUUGCUUUUCGAUACUCUCCAGAAGGCAAUCACAAGGAAUACAAAGAAAACCCCAAACGGUGUCAUGAUGGAACCCUUGAGUUUACUAGUAUUGACGCACACAAGGGAGUGGCUCCAUCAAGGCGUGGUGACUUGGAAAUUUUGGGUUAUUGUAUGAUCUGCUGGCUUAGUGGUAAACUGCCUUGGGAAGAUAAUCUGAAAAAUCCAGAUUAUGUCAAAGAGUCAAAAAUCAGGAAUACAGAUAACAUUUCAGGAUUCAUGAGUAAAUGUUUCACUAAAGAAGAUAAACCAGAUGAAGUAGCCAGGUAUAUGGAAAAAGUGAUGGCUCUGUCCUAUACUGAAAAACCACCAUAUCAGGAGUUACGAGAAAUAUUUCUUCAAGGUCUGCAGGACAUUGGUCACAAAGAUGAUGGAAUACUGGAUUUUGAAGUUUCACUGAAUGGUGAUGUUCCAGCAAAGCCUGAGCUUAAGACAAAAAGAAAAUUAGUUGCUGCAUCAGAGGCAGCCACUGCUGAUGAGGACAAUGCCGAAAUAGCUGUUGAUGGUGUGAAAAAUACCAAAAAAAGAAAACAUGCAUCACCCAAGAUGGGAGCCACCAAACCCAAAUUACAGAAGAUCUCGCCAAAACCAAGAAAAACUUGAAACCAAGGAAGAGAUUUCAGAAGUAA